AUGUCCGACCAUACCUAUCGAAAACCGUUGCUUCUGGCUUUGGCCGGUGCUGUAGUCCUGUCUGCAGUUUUCUGUUCCUACACCUAUUACACCAGCCAGUCCAAACCCGAGCCAGGUUACCACACCUCCCUCCAUCGCAGCAACGCUAUUCGACGACCUCGGAGUAGACGACGAUGGCGUCGGGGCUUCGAACCCAUUACACUUGACUACGAUCCUACCGAACGGGCGAUCAAUCAUCUGGCAAGGCGUAAUGAGACCGGACAAGGCUACGGAGAAUAUCAGAAUACAUGGUUUUUUCCCAAUCCAGAAGACGCACAGGGAGUGGAUUUGACGUUACUUCCUUGCAAUCUGAAAUCUGUCCAUACCUAUUUGCUCCAGCACUCUCCAGCACCACUCUCUUCGUAUCAACAAGACUGCCUGCGAUUGCACGUUCAUGGAGUUUUUGCUCAGAACUUUCUGCGUGAGGAGUACCCCGAGGGUUAUAUCAUUGGAGAAGAUGCGUAUGUGGUCGCAAGAGGCUUGGAACUACUCGAAGUCGCAGAAGAAAUUGUCUAUGAAGUGAUCAAAGCGUUCGAUGAAGGCGAGUUCCACCUUAGCGAAGAAUGGAGUCCUCUCGAGGCACCGGAACAAAGUCCAGCACUGCCGGCCGUCGUGCCUCCUGGCCAGGCAGAUGGUCUGGUGGACGAUUUGGGUCCACAGGAUGCUCUUCAAGCAUUGGCAGAUCCGACCAGGGAUGAGGAAGACGACAGCGAGAUGUCGUUCAGUAAUCAUGAUGAGGAUCCAGCGGGAAGCCAAAACAUGCUCAAUCUACUCUAUCACAUUGCUGGCGAACAGGCACGAAGAGAAGGCUACAUUCAUCGGGGUGUCGAAUGCAACAGCUGUGGGGUUCAUCCGAUUCAAGGCAUCCGCUAUCAUUGUGCCAAUUGCUUCGACUUUGAUCUCUGUGAAGGCUGCGAAGCUAGCUCUGCUCACAUCAAAAGCCAUGUUUUCUUCAAGAUUCGCAUACCUGCCCCUUCGCGGGGGAAGAUCAAACAAGUCACUCCGAAAUGGUAUCCCGGAAACCCCAACGCCUUUCCCAACUCUCUGCCCAAGAAUGUGUCCAAACCAUUAUUAGAACAAACCGGUAUGGACCGAACGGAGAUGGAUGCUCUCUACGAGCAGUUCAAGUGUCUUGCCGGACAUUAUUGGCCGACAGAUCCCACUGGAUUGGGAGUUGCGAUUGACCGCAAAGGGUUCGACGCAUACUUCAUUCCGCAAAAAGAAGAUGAACCAUCUCCGGCAAACUUAAUCUAUGAUCGGAUUUUUGCCUUCUACGACACGAACAACGAUGGCCUCAUCGGCUUCGACGAAUAUAUACGAGGCCUCGCUCGGCUGCAAGACAAGUCUCGGCUAGCCCGACUUCGGCGGAUCUUCGAUGGUUAUGACUUGGAUUCGGAUGGCUACGUUGACCGUAGGGACUUUCUACGCAUGUUCCGCGCGUACUAUGCCCUGAGCAAAGAGCUGAGUCGCGAAAUGAUCAAUAGCCAGGACGACUUCGGCUAUGUCGAGGAAGAGAUCCGAGAUGUUGUUCAAGGUAGCCAACCGAUCAGUGCAGCGUUUGGUGGCGGCACAUUGUAUGGCCAUGAAUCACGAACAGGGCAGGAUAAACAACGUCAAGCGGACGGCGAUCUACAGUUGUCCAGUGGAUCAAAUGGAGUGUUGCAACCUGACACUGACAUGCGAGGAGAUCGUGCCCGGGCCAUUGGAAAUGCCGCGAUUGGGGAUCGGACCAGAAAUCAUCCAUUUCGAUCGUUCAGAACACAGCCGGUGGAAGAUGAACCAUUAAUGCUUCUCCCAGUCGGAAGCAAUUUUAUGCAGUCGGGGCUGCAUGAUCAAGACGACGCCUCUGAGGACGAGCUGGCUGGCCCUGAUCCACCGCUACAAACAUAUGGUUGGCCUCCCGUCCGAACCCCAGAACCUCAAGAUAUUAUUGAUGCACUGGGACAGGAAGUGGCGCUGGAAGACAUCACAGAUCCCGUGGACCGGUCUCGAGUAUUGUAUGCACAAUCUCAACGUCUUGAUGCCGAAGGGGACCGGGAGGAAGAGUUCAGGAGAACACAAGCUGUGGAAGAACGAUGGCGUCGAAGGCAAUUUUAUCUUGAUGAGGAAGAAGGCUUAAGCAAGCCGCCGGGUUACACAGAGCGUGAUGGUUAUGACGACGAAGUGACUUCAUCCGCGCUCAAAAAGAAGGACCAUGAUGCCGAGAACAGUCCACGAAGAGCGUCGAUGCAAUCAAGAUCAUCGUCGAAAGUUCGAUUUGACGAUAGUGCCAUCGAUACAGACUAUGAAACACGCUCGAACACAUCAUCUCGCAGCAUACCUGUCAAUGAAAGAUGGGGCGGCCUGGAGCUUAGCCAGGCAGAGGCCGAUCUGGGGAAGGACAUCCUGUACCAAGCCGUUCAGCAAGGAUUCAACGAGCUAUUGGACGUUUUAUUCAAAGACAAAGAAAAUGAUUUCAUCCAGUCGAGCCUUACGCGAAGUGAUCGUCGUAAGUUUCGAAAGGAAAGACAGAAGUUCAAGGAAGCUCUUGAAGCGGCCGAACAAACUCAAGAAGAAGCCUUGAGGGAGGCCGACCGUCUCAGGACCGAGGAGCUGCUGCAAGGCUCGGGGUCACACAUCCCGUCAGGGAAGACCGAUGUCGCGGGACAGUCCCAUGGACCACACGAUUCCCAUGCCGUGGUGGCGUCGGAUACUGAAAGAAACGACUCCGUGGUGGACGGUGUGACUCGAGGACCCGUAUCCGUCGUACUAGAUGCGUCGGCGCCGCCAGAUCGUGAUCCGACUCUUCCACAAUUCCGACCUGAUGAGGAACCCGGAGCGGAUCCAUUUUCUGGCGACCCAACAAGCGCUCGAAUGACGUAUGACGCCUGGCUUCGGCAUGAUGAGAUCGACACCGAAGCAGAACAACGAGGCGGGUACGGAAAACUCAGCUUCUCUGAAUUCCGUCGGCUUAUGGUACAAGGGGAUGAAGUCAGCAAAGCGCUGGGUAGAAAAGAGAAUGACGGGCAAAACAAUCCAGAUACAUGGGAGAGCAGUAAUGAUCUUGGAAGACUAGCAUUUGUGGGCACAUGGCUAGAGAUGGCCAGCUUUUAG